CUUCCCGACGCGCUUUCCUGCCCCCGCCUCUGGGUCCCGCACCUUCCCCUCCCCCCGCCUCCUGCCUUGUGACACAGCCCGGGCCCUCCCAGGCGGCAGCCGCGGCUUCAGCACUAGCCACCAGCUCCACGGAGCGCGGCCCGCGGCUCAGCCCUCGCCGGCCCCGCCGCUGCUGCAGUCAUGGCUGCUGAUGGGGUGGACGAACGCUCGCCUCUGCUGUCAGCAUCCCCCUCGGGAAGCGUCACCCCCACGGCCCCACCGUACUUACAAGAAAGCAGCCCUAGAGCGGAACUCCCACCUCCAUAUACAGCCAUUGCCAGUCCAGAUGCCAGUGGUAUUCCAGUAAUAAACUGCCGAGUGUGCCAAUCUCUUAUCAAUUUGGAUGGCAAGCUUCAUCAGCACGUGGUUAAGUGCACAGUUUGCAAUGAAGCUACGCCAAUCAAAAACCCCCCAACAGGGAAGAAAUAUGUUAGAUGCCCUUGUAAUUGUCUCCUCAUUUGUAAGGACACAUCUCGGCGAAUAGGAUGUCCGAGACCCAACUGUAGACGCAUAAUUAACCUUGGCCCAGUAAUGCUUAUUUCUGAAGAACAACCAGCUCAACCUGCAUUGCCAGUCCAACCAGAAGGUACGAGGGUCGUGUGUGGGCACUGUGGAAACACAUUUCUGUGGAUGGAACUGAGGUUCAACACUUUGGCAAAAUGCCCACACUGCAAAAAAAUUUCCUCGGUGGGUAGUGCUCUUCCGCGAAGACGUUGCUGUGCGUACAUUACCAUUGGAAUGAUAUGUAUUUUCAUUGGAGUUGGAUUAACUGUUGGCAGCCAAGAUUUUGCAAGGCGAUUUCAUGCAACCUAUGUUUCUUGGGCAGUUGCUUAUCUCUUAGGUUUGAUCUGCCUUAUCCGAGCUUGUUAUUGGGGAGCCAUAAGAGUGAGCUAUCCAGAACACAGUUUUGCAUAAGCUUGCUUAUGAUUUAGUGAGCAGGUAAUAGUAUCUAGCAGUUCUUGAUAAGCUACUCUGGACAUCCUUAAAUCAUUUAUCCUAAUGGAUUCCACUCUUGUUUAUGUAUAAAGUUUCAAGACUUUGGGAGUCUUUUAUGAACAAAUGCUCCUUGCACUACAUUAUAUGCAAAGAGUGUGUUUUGAUUGAUGUUUGGUUUUCACGUUCUGAAUAAUGAAGCUGUAUCUUCCUGUUCCAUUACAUCUUGUAAAGAUGUUUUUGGAUUUGUCACCAAACAUUACACAUAACAUCAUCUUUUCAUUAUUUUUAAAUUAGUUAUCCUAUUACUUGCUGAUCUGUGAGUGUUCUCAAGAAGUGUUUAAAAAUGUUUCUACAAUAGCUUCACAUUUAUACUUAUAUUUUAAUUAAAAAGUAUCAAAAUUGCUUGCUUUAAAAUCUAAGCAAUAUGCAUUUUGCGUGAACUGCUUACUGCAACUUUAACCUAAGAUCAUAGUGACCUUAUUCAGGAAAAAAAUUGGGGUGUACCUUCAAAGACUUGACAUUCUUGUCAGAUAACAACCAUUUCUAGAUACUGUUUGCUUGUUUUUUUGUUGUCUGUAGGAAGAUACAAUAUUUUGGUAGUAAUUUAAAAUUCAAGAAUGAAAAUAUUUAUUUGUCCACAGUCAGAGGUAAUGUUGGAUAAAUGUUUUUUCUUAAAGGUCACAGAACUUUGUCUUCCAUUUUUGUCUGUUUUUUUUUUUUGUUGUUGUUGUUUGCCAAUUAUAAAAGUCCUGGUCUAGAUUUAUGAAAUUUAAUGUGAAUCAGCUGUAUGUAUUCCUUUACAGAGCCUAGAGAGGCAUUUCACGUAACAUGUUUUUAUAACACAACCAUUUAAACAUAGAUCUAUUUACGUUGGUUUGUCCCCCUUUUCAUUUAGAUCACGGUAAACAGUUCUUAUUGGGAUAAUUAUGGACUACUUACAUAUGAAGGGAGCCUAUAACAUUUUUCACUAGCUAAAAUGUUGAGAUUAGAGGUAGUUACUUUUGCCAUUCUUCUCAAAUAUCAGUGGUCUAAUUAUUAUCCAGUUCAUUGAAUGGAACAGAUCAAAAACAAAAAGCAACAUAGUUUUCUAAGAAUUUACUCGGGUUUAAGGAAUCAGCUCUUGCACUGCCCAUCUUUGCAGUUUUGAAAAAGAAUUUGCUUAAUUGAGAAAUAAUGUUCUAUAGCCUUUAAUGUAGUAGAAUUAGGUAGUGAGAUGAUCUGAGUAAAUUAGGUGGCUAUUCCAGGGAUAACAAUAUUUUAAGUUAUUUUAUGUUCCUGAUUAGUAUAAAAAUGUACUCACCAGAGAGUUGGUAACAAAAUACAUGUAAACUUCAAAGAGUAAAUGAUAAAUGUCUACAUGAAGUAGCUCAGGAUCAUAUGUACCUUUGAAAAUAUACUAAUAAAGAUUAUUGUUCAAAAAUUUCCUUCUUCUGUUCUGUUAUUUAAAAAUAAGAUGUCAUUUCU